AUGGACAUCUUCAUGGAGAGCCCUGCCGGUGACGAUGAGGGCCGCGGUCUCUUUUUCGACGAUCUAAUGACUGAUAGCCAAAUCAGCGAGUUGGAGCUCUCUUCUCAGCUGCUCGGGCGUACCAGGCCCUCCUCUGCCUCUACUCCUUCAUCGUCUAGGCCCUCAUCCGGCAUUCCAUCUUACAAACCUACGCCACCGCGACCACCUACGAUUGCUAGACGAGCAGCACCACAACCAGCACCAAUAAGGCACCAAACGGAGCAACUAUUUGAUAAACGGGUUACCAGUAGCAGCACUAGAAACAGGCAUAUACGACAUGACUCUUCCACCAGCGUGGAUUCAUGGGAAUCGGACGCCGACUUGGUUGACCCGCGACAAGUGCCCCGCCAACCAAAUGAAUCGCAGCAAGACCUAGCGGAGCGCAUCGCAAACCUCACCAGGACAAUCAAUGCCAAUGCCGCAUUCUGUGUGGAGGUAUCAAGCAAAAUGAUUGAGCUGGCGCGAGAGAAUAAACACCUCCUCGAUGCCUCACGCUCCACCCUGGAAACCUAUAUCUUACAGCCGGCACUGAAGAUUCCCGGUAUCCUCAAGCAGUAUUACCCAGGCAUCCAGGAUGGUCUGCAGGAUGGACUGGAUACCCUGAGGGAAUACGAGGUGCAGUUACGGAGGACAGUGCAAAACGUUGCGAAUGGGCGUGACAUGGUGAGGGCGCAGGGCGUCAAUGGAGUAGCAGUCGAAGGGGCGAGCAGGAGAGGCGAGAUGACCAGACUAAAGGAUCGGCUUGUAGAGCAAGAUGCGUUAUUGAGAGACUCGAGCCAGCACGUUCAAAGACUGAUUCGCGAGCGGGAGACCCUGAAGAAACAGCUACACAAGAGGACACGCAGCGGUAGUGGCCAUGAAGCUGCCAUGAUGGGUCUCGGUAUGGCAGAUACGGACAAAGUUCCUUUUCUUCGGCUUGACGUAGACGAAGAGCACAGUGAUGAUGGAAGGGAAGAUCAGCCGAACAGCGAGAAGGAUAUGGUGGCCUUAGCAGACCAUCUCAGAGAGAUGCGUGUGCUAAUGGACCGUUUGGCAAUUCAUGAGCAGACUUCUAAUCACGAACGGCGGCAUUCGAAUUCCAAACCUGAUGAUAUAGGGAAAGAGCUUGCAGCUGACGACGAGGAUCCGGAAUGGACGUUACUCUAA